UUGAAUAGUGCUGUCGGUUUUAGGUAAAUAGUUUACAGCAGGACAAAUCCAUUCUACCUAGAGUGUGUUACACAUGCCACUCAUUCAACUCUCUGACGGUGAAGUGAAAGUGGGCCCCAUCUUGCCGUCAUAAUGCGGCGGCAGAGCACAGUGCAGCCAUUUGUAAUUUGUCCUGUUUGAUGACACACGAGGUUGGCCAAACCGAAACCCCGCCGUGUGUUUAUGCAGCAGCUACCUGGUUUGGAAGAGGACACUGUAAACAGGUAAACUCUGGAAGGCCGCUGUUCUAUUCAAAAGAAUUGAAUUCCUACUCCCGUUGCUUCUUUCCUUUUGGGCUGCCGAUUGUCCUCCGAAUCCAUCGGCCAGAGUCCAAGGAAAUCCGAGGCAGACGCUCCCAGCUUGAAGAGAAGUGGCAACAAAAGGCAAAGUCGCAAGAAAAGAACAUAGUUGGCGGUUAGAUUCCCAACCUUUCAUGCAACGGCGGGGUCAAGAUGCCCACCAACUUCACCGUGGUGCCAGUGAAUGAUGACGAGGACAACGACAACAAAGCCGCCGCAACUGCAGGUGACAAACCUGUGAGCCUCAACAAUAUUUUUCGGGAUGAAGAUAAGGAUGAUAACUCGGAUGGAUCCCAGUCAGGGGAUGACAUUCAAAGGGAGUCACGCCCAUUCAUCAACUCGGCCCGUGAGGUGGAACAGUAUGAUGGCAAAAACAUGGCCUUGUUUGAGGAAGAAAUGGACAGCAACCCAAUGGUGUCAUCUCUUCUAAACAAACUCGCCAAUUACACCAACCUCACCCAAGGUGUUCGGGAACACGAGGAGGCCGAAGAUGGGGUUAGAAGGGUCGCCAUCAUGGUACCCCAAAUGGGAACGUUCAUCGGGGUGUACCUGCCCUGCCUGCAGAACAUUCUGGGUGUGAUCCUUUUCCUGCGUCUCACCUGGAUUGUCGGAACGGCGGGAAUCCUCGGAUCCUUCGCCAUUGUGUCCAUGUGCUGCAUUUGCACGUUGCUCACAGCCAUAUCCAUGAGCGCCAUCGCAACAAAUGGAGUUGUCCCAGCGGGCGGCUCCUACUACAUGAUCUCCAGAUCACUGGGACCCGAGUUUGGCGGAGCGGUCGGUCUCUGUUUCUACCUGGGGACCACCUUUGCCGGAUCCUUGUACAUACUCGGCACCAUCGAGAUUCUGCUGACCUACAUUGUGCCGACAGCAACGGUGUUUGAGGCCAAAAGUAUCGAGGAGGAAGGAACGGCCGCCCUCAACAAUAUGCGUGUCUACGGAACUUGUUGUCUGCUUCUGAUGGCGCUGAUUGUGUUUGUCGGGGUAAAGUAUGUGAACAAACUGGCUUUGGUGUUUUUGGCCUGUGUCAUGCUGUCCAUCAUGGCCACCUAUGCAGGAGUCAUCAAGACUGCCAUUGAACCGCCAGAGUUUACUGUGUGUCUUCUGGGGAACCGUUCUCUGAAGAAUGACAAGUUUGAAGUGUGCGCCAAGACCGAGACGCUGAACAACCAGACUGUGACCACCGAUCUCUGGAAACUUUUCUGUAACAGCGAGCAUCUCAACGCCACCUGCGAUGACUAUUUCAGUCUCAAUAACAUUACGGAGAUCCCGGCUAUUCCCGGGCUCUUGAGCGGCGUUUUGAAAGACAACCUAUGGGGUGACUACGGUCCAGCUCAUACGGUCAUCGAGAAGAAAAACCAGGAAUCGGUAGAGGCUCAGGACAGUUCCGGCGAUGUCUAUAAACCCUACGUCUUCAAUGACAUGGCCACCUACUUCACACUGCUGGUGGGAAUCUACUUCCCCUCAGUUACAGGGAUCAUGGCUGGCUCUAAUCGAUCCGGCGAUCUAAGAGAUGCCCAGAGGUCCAUCCCCGUUGGGACCAUCAUGGCUAUUCUCACCACUUCUUUCUUCUACAUCUCAUGUGUGCUAUUGUUUGGAGCAUGUAUCGAGGGAGUGGUGCUGAGGGACAAGUUUGGGGACUCGGUCAAGAAAAACCCAGUGAUUGGAAUCCUGGCCUGGCCGUCGCCUUGGGUUAUUGUCAUCGGAUCGUUCUUUUCCUGUUGUGGGGCUGGGCUUCAAAGCCUGACCGGGGCCCCCCGGCUUCUUCAGGCCAUCGCUCGGGAUGGCAUCAUCCCAUUCUUACAGAUUUUUGGUCAUGGCAAAGCCAAUGGGGAGCCCACUUGGGCUCUGUUGCUGACAGUCGGGAUCUGUGAAAUCGGAAUCCUCAUUGCCUCUUUGGAUGCCGUGGCUCCCAUUCUCUCCAUGUUUUUUCUGAUGUGCUAUCUGUUUGUAAACCUGGCCUGUGCGGUGCAGACUUUGCUCCGAACCCCCAACUGGAGACCCCGCUUCAAAUUCUAUCACUGGACUUUGUCUUUCUUGGGGAUGAGUCUGUGUUUGUCUCUCAUGUUUAUCUCCUCCUGGUACUACGCCCUGGUUGCCAUGGUGAUAGCAGGUUGCAUCUACAAGUACAUCGAAUAUAGAGGGGCAGAGAAGGAGUGGGGAGAUGGUCUCCGAGGUUUGUCUUUAAAUGCAGCACGAUACGCUCUAAUCCAUCUUGAGGAAGCACCACCACACACCAAAAACUGGAGGCCGCAGCUAUUAGUGUUGUGCAAGCUGGACUCACGCCUGGCGGUGAAACAUCCACGCCUCCUGUCUUUCACGACACAGCUCAAAGCAGGCAAAGGCUUGACCAUCGUCUGUUCCGUACUGGAGGGAACCUACAUGACGCGAGGGGCUGAUGCCAAGACCGGAGAGCAGAACCUGAAAGCUGCCAUGACGGCGGAACGGACCAAGGGUUUCUCCCACGUCGUCGUGUCUUCCAAUCUGCGCGAUGGUUUCUCCCUGCUCAUCCAGUCAGCGGGACUGGGCGGGAUGAAGCACAAUGCCGUUUUGAUGGCUUGGCCAGCAGGCUGGAAACAGGCUCGAGACUCCUCCUCGAGGAGGAACUUUAUAGAGACUGUGAGAGAGACAACGGAGGCCCAUCAGGCUCUGCUUGUUGCCAAGAACAUUGACCGCUUUCCGGGGAACCAGGAGCGGCUGAAGGAAGGUACAAUCGAUGUCUGGUGGAUUGUCCAUGACGGCGGCCUGCUCAUGCUGCUCCCGUUUUUGAUCAGCCAACACAAGGUGUGGAGGAAGUGUAAAAUGCGCAUCUUCACGGUGGCACAGAUGGAUGACAAUUCAAUCCAGAUGAAGAAAGAUCUCCAGAUGUUCCUGUACCAUUUACGUCUGGAUGCAGUGGUGGAGGUGGUCGAGAUGCACGACAGCGACAUCUCGGCUUUCACCUAUGAGAAGACGCUGGUGAUGGAGCAGAGAUCUCAAAUGCUCAAACAAAUGCAGUUAUCCCGCACAGAACGGGAGAGAGAGGCUCAACUGAUCCAUGAUCGUAAUACAGCGUCUCAUUCCACAAAAGAAGCCAAAGCGUCAGCCGACAAACCGGAACACGUCCACAUGACCUGGACCAAAGACAAACUCAUUAAUGAGAGAAAUAAACACCGGGAAGGAAUGGGUGUCAAAGACAUGUUUAACAUGAAACCUGAGUGGGAGAAUCUCAACCAGUCCAACGUGAGAAGGAUGCACACGGCUGUGAAACUGAAUGAGGUGGUGGCGAAGAAAUCGCAGGAUUCACAGCUGGUAUUGCUUAACAUGCCAGGCCCGCCAAAGAACAAAAAAGGGGAUGAGAACUAUAUGGAAUUUCUAGAAGUGCUCAUGGAAGGACUGGAUCGCGUCUUAUUGGUUCGUGGAGGUGGCCGGGAGGUCAUCACCAUCUACUCCUAGUGCCAAGCUGUUCUGAACUGGAAGGAGCACCGUGGAGGACAGUGACAAGUUUGGGGACAAACAAGUCCACAGGUUCAAUGUUGGACAUGGACAUCGCGAGUCUCAUCCGUGUCAGAGACUGUGGAAAUGACAAAAUCGGACUAAGUCAGGUCAGUGCAUCACCUCAAGGCCCCGUUCUGCAGAUGUUGUUGAGCCAUCGAUACUGUGAACCAGGGGGUGUCCAAGCCAACCGACCUCCCACGAUCGACCCAUGACCGCACUUGCGAUCUACGGGCGCACGCCACACAUGCACUGAUAAGCGACGGCCAUAACGGCCCCCGAACCCGAGCGAAACAGAAAAAUCAAGGAGAUACAAGAGUGGGUGAAAAGGAAAUCGCUGCCGACCUUGGUCCAGACCUGACACGGAGGCACGGGAUGCACUUUUGCCGCAUCUUCCGUGCCAUAGGAACAUCACUAUCGUAGCUCGCGUGCACCAUUUGAACAUGCCUGGAGCUUCAGACCGCCACUCUUUGCCAGUGCCAUCGUUAAGUUGUACAUGAAACAAACUUUGAAUGAAAAUAAUAAUGACAAAAAAGAGAUAUCGCAAGCUCCAAUUGCAGACUGCUCACCCCCAACAAUUUCCGGUGAGGAUGCUUUGAGUCCAGUGUGCACUAACACAUAAAGAAGUAAUAUUAAUAACACACACACAAACACACAAAUCCCCCCCACCCACAUACACACACACGCCACUCGCGAUCGACUGGUUGGGCACCCUUGCUGUAAAUUAUAAGAUUACAAAUUCAAACUUCAAUUCACAUAAUUUAUGAUUUUUACAUGUCACUUGUUGUCUAUUUGAUGAGUUAUUUUGUUGCCAACAAGAAAUCAACAUGGCGAAAUCCUUUCUUGAAAGUACCGACUGUGCAAUUUGGGAUGUGUGGUUUCAUUUGAGUCAUGUCACUGUCCUGAAAGGUAAAGAUGAGGUUUGAGGGAAACGACAGCAGUAAAGGUUGCUCACACGUUUUCAAACCCUUUCCCAACCGCAGUAUAUUUUGCGUGUUUAAAUGGCAUCACGCAAAAGUAGCAUAACGGCCAAACUCAUCUUUUGCCUUCGAGAGGCAUUUUUGUAACAUCUGCAUUGGCCGACGGCGAGGUAUUUCCUGCAAAAAUCUGAUCUUGACAAAGAAGUGUGCCGAACUUCUGUUGGUAGUGAGAAAGAUCCUUUUGAAAAGUAGAAAUUUAUGUCUGUGUAAAACCUUGUCCGCCGUGCAACUUUGGAAGUUGUGAUUUUAUUUUGAGUGUUUGAUAUGGACGGAUUUUGAAUGGCCACGCAAUUUGCGCGACUUGGUACGCUCCCAUUUAUCGUCUUGUGGAUUCAUGAAGUGUGCCAAUCAGAAUUAGUCAAAUGUUAGUCUAUAUUGUUUGAAAAUAGCUUGUUUUAAAGCAUUUAUUUGUACAACUUCUCCUCGGAAUGCAGCUUGUCUCGAGCGCUUACAAAUGGCUUGGAUCCAGAUAAGCAAAAAUGUUCAUUCCUUUGACAUUGUCCUUGUGCCUUUUACUGCCAGGUGCUUUUCAACCAACAACAACAACAAGGCUUAAAUCACGUAUCUUACUGCAGAUGUCAAUCAAUUGAAUAUUCUGGUUGAAAGUGUUUGAAUAUGUGCAUAAAGUCUUUCUGUUGAGGACAAAUUAACAAUAAAUGGAAACCUCAAUCAUGAACCCCCUGA